ACAAGUGUAGUGUUUUUCCCUACUCUACUCCAGUUUAUGGACGUAGUCAAUCAUCAUCACCAGCUUUGGUAACAGAUGGAGAAGGAUUUGAUCUGCGGCGCCUGUAACAUGGUGUUUCGCUCUGCUGGGCUGUUUGAGAAACAUAAAGCACUGUUCUGCAUCAGCACCGAGGUCAGUGGAGGAGGCGCAGACACAACACAGAGGAGAACACCUGAUCUAGUCACGAUGAGAGAUCGGCAAAGGAACGCCACCAGAUGGAGGAGCGCUGAUGCUGAACAGAAGUCCGGCAGAGCCGAAAACAAACCACAGACGAGUCAGACGGACAGUGCUGCUCUGCAAAACCUGACUGACGAGGAGCAUGACCGUCAGCUGAGGCGUCACCAUAUGGGUCACAGUGACAGACUGAAAGAGAUGAGGGAGAUGGCGACGCUCCACGAGUGCCAAGUGGCCCUGAUACAAGCUCACAACCAGGAGCUGCAGCGGCAAAGAGACGAGCUGGCCCGUCAGGUAAAUGUCCUGGGCGAGCAGAGAAACACGAGCCACCUUGAGAGUGUGCUCAUGGAGCUCAGGGCACAGGAGGAGAGGAAUGAGGAAACAUUACAACAAUUUGCUGAACACCUGCAUGCAUUACACGCACAAAAGGUCUCUUCUCUACCUGCUGAUCAUCAGGACAACUACAAGCUCGUUCCUUCCGCAGAUGGUCCUCUCUCUGCACAGAUAAAAGCUCUGCGUCAGGCAUACGUGCACUCAGGUGGGUCAGAUCCAGGCAUCAUUGCACAGAUGGUUGACCUGCAGACAGAAGCCCAGAGUGUGGAGAGGAACCAAGCGACAGCAUCUGCCGAGGCCAGGAGGAAGAAAGAGAAGCCUCCCCAGCGAGGAACGAGUUGGGAGCUGCUGCUUCUGGAGCAGGAGAACCAGAGACUGGAGGAGGAGAUCCUUAGGAUCCAGUGGGCCCGAGAGAGAAACCAGAACUAUGAAGCAGCUCUGAGGACUGAGCUUGAGCUGAUUCAGAGGGAGACUCUCCAGCAGGUUGAUGGAGUGGGGAGAAGCAGAGGAGCUCCCAGGCCCUGUAGACAACCUCCUCCACCUGCACCUCCCCGACCACCACCGCCGCUCCAAGCCAACACUCACAUUCCAACUGCUCUUUCACUGUUCCAUGCAAGGUCCUCCUCUUCUCCAUCAGGAAGACACAUCCUGGACCCUGUGGACUCUCUGGGUCCAGCUCCCUAUGACCCAGCGGCUGGUUUCGUCAUUUUCUUUGACCUGGUUCUGGGAGUCACUGCCUCUCAGAAGGCAUUGUGUUUGGUUGCGGCUCUCUACUCAGAGGGUGUGGAAGUGGGACCACAGAGUCUGCCUCCUGUCAAGUGUCUCCCAGGGGUCUCCUCGCCUUACAGCCACAGCCUCAUCCCAGGGAACUACGCCCUCCUCUCAGUCAAACAGCCUGUACCCAGGGUGCAGCCAUCAUCCUCCCUCUGCCUGGUGGUGGAAGUGCAGGCGGCGCACGACCAGGACGUUCAACCGACGUCCUCUGGCUGGACAUGUGUGGAACUCUUCGAUCAGUACAAUCAGCUCCAUAGUGGCCACUGGAGGGUGCCAGUUCGCUGUCUGCCUGUUCAACCCUCACUGAACAUUGCCCAACUCAAUACAAUACCACAGGUGGGCAACAUGGAGCUGUGCAUGCGUUUGGUCAACGGCCGAGAUGAAGAUGUGCAGACCCUCAUGGAGCCUGACCCAAGCAGGACCAGGCACUAUAAAUAUCCAGCUGUCGUGUCUCCUUUUAAUGCAACUGUGCAUGGAAGUUUAGCUCAGCUAGUUUCAGCUCCACAGGGAUAAAACAAGUCUCCCCCUGGCUGACCUUGACUGACCCCAAAAACCCUGAAGCAAGUUAGAGUUGAAAGAAUCUGACCAAGGAGAAGACCCCUCUAAAAGGAGGGAGUAAAUACAAACACUUAAAUGGUAUGAAUGUGGAUUUCAAGUCUUCAGGUGCAAAUAAAGAUGGUCUAAUCUUAGGCACUGGUGUUCCUUUUGAUACA